AUGGGAUGGAAUGACAUAGGUUACCAUAACAACCAGGUGAAAUCACCAACCCUGGAUCGACUGGCUACGGAGGGAGUCAAACUGGAGAAUUAUUACGCCAAGUCCUCGUGUACUCCAAGCAGAGGAGAACUGUUAACUGGUCGGAAUGCGGCUACUACGGGUCUGUCGGCUGUCUUCACGCAUGGCGAUCCCGUGGGCAUGCCUUUGACGGAGAAACUACUCCCGCAGAGGCUGAAAGAGAGGGGAUACGCCACCCACAUGGUCGGGAAGUGGCAUCUAGGGCACUACACGUACAAACAUACCCCAACGUACAGAGGAUUUGACAGCUUCUAUGGGAUAUACGGCGGAGGCACAGACUUCUAUUCCCACAGAAGUUGUUUCUCGAUAUUUCCUGGUGUCUGCGGCCUUGACCUUUGGAACGGGACGGUGCCAGAUCGGGCCAAAUACGGUGUGUACGCAACAGAGAUAUACUCUCGCGUGGCAACAGAUAUCAUACGCCAUCACAAUACCAAUCAGACAAUGGCGGUGCCCCAAAACAGGGCGCUGACAACGCCCCCUAUAGGGGCAUCAAGGGGUCUCUCUGGGAAGGUGGGAUGA